UGUCCCCCACCUUGCUGCGCAUCUGCCACCUGACUGACGCAGUGUCGGCUGCAUCACAAUGGCACCCUUGGGUUUUCAAAGGUUCCUCUGUGCCCCCCCGGGGUGCUGCGGGUGCUCCCGGGCGCUGAGAUGCUGUUUUGAAGUUGCUGUGGGAUGAACUGAAGGAGUGAAGUGUCCCAACCCGCAUGAGGACAUGGAGGGGUUUUUGCUUGCCAAUGGCUACCAGCUUGGCAGGACCAUUGGGGAGGGGAUGUACUCCAAAGUGAAGGAGGCUUUCUCCCAAAAGCACCAGAAGAAAGUGGCAAUUAAAAUAAUUGAUAAGAAGGAAAGCCCAGAAGAGUUUAUUCAGAGGUUCCUGCCCCGAGAGCUCCAGAUCGUCACGCGCUUGGACCACAGGAACAUCAUCCACGUGCAUGAGAUGCUGGAGUCUGCAGAGGGGAAGAUCUGCCUCGUGAUGGAGCUGGCGGAAGAUGGGGACAUCUUUGACUACGUGCUCCGUGAGGGUCCCCUGCCCGAGCCCCGUGCCAGGGCACUCUUCUGCCAGCUGGUCGAGGCCAUCCGGUACUGCCACGGCUGCGGGGUGGCCCACCGCGACCUCAAAUGUGAGAACGCCCUGCUGCAGGGCCACACCUUGAAGCUGACGGAUUUUGGCUUCGCCAAGCUGCUCCCCAGGGACUGCAGGGAGCUGAGCUGGACCUUCUGCGGCAGCACAGCCUACGCGGCGCCCGAGGUGCUGCAGGGCAUGCCCCACGACAGCUGUAAGGGCGAUGUCUGGAGCACGGGCGUCAUCCUCUAUGUCCUGCUCUGUGCCCACCUGCCCUUUGAUGACACCGACAUCCCCAAGAUGCUGCACCAGCAGCAGAAAGGCAUCUCUGUCCCCAGGCAUCUGGGGAUCUCCAAGGAGUGCCAGAACCUCCUGAAAAUGCUCCUGGAACCAGACAUGACCCUGAGACCCUCCAUCGAGGGGGUCAGCAGACACCCGUGGCUGACUAACCCCUGAGAGGGACUCGCCCUGCUCUCCCCAAAUGGAACAAUUGUUUCUAAAAUGAUGAUAAAU